AUGGCCCAAAAUGUCUGCCAGUUUGCACCUUCUGCUGGGAAUCACCUUACAAUUCAAGUGCCCAGCCCUGACCUGUCACCCCUACAGGUGCCCCCAAAGCCCGCGUUCUGGGCUCUCCAGCUGGCGCUCCUGGGGUUUGCGCUGGGCUGGGCCCGGCCGCGCUCUUGCAGCGUCCCUGACGUGCUCCACCACUAUCGUGCUGUCAUCUUUGAGGACCUACAUGCAGCCAUGAGGCAGGUCGAGCCAGAGGCCCAAAGGACAGGGGCUUCCAGACGCCACCAUUUCAUUCAGAAAAACCUGACUGGGAAUAGCGAAGCGCUGAGACCUGAGGUCUCCUGUGGUGCCCAGGAGGAGCACAGUAUCCUACUGUCCAUUAAGUCCCUGGGUCGGACCCUGCGUGGGGCAGUAGCAGGGGACCACCGCGGAGCCUUGGAGAAAGCCGCGUGGACGGUAGCCGUUCGUACGGAGGCCGUGAUGCGUCGGCACUGCUGGACGCCACGGCAGGUCCGGUGGCCCAGGAAACGCCCUGCCCGGCGUCGUGGCAGCCAGAGGCGGCUCCUGCUGCGUGCCCUGGACACAGUCGCCACCUGCUGGGAGAAGCUCUUCGCGCUUCGCGCCAGGGCCACCAGGAAAUCUUAA